GGGGCUCAACUGUAAAUUCCUCUACAAAAGCGAUCAGGAACGCUGGACUUUGUUAUUUCAGCUGCUAUUUCAUACGCAAACAGGCUUGAUGGAGGAGACACAGCAUCAUGUCAAAACAAGAGAAACUCACUUGCUGAAAAGAGAAGACAGAAAAUGUGUCACCUGCACCCAGUGUGGAAAGAGUCUGGCAAACAAAAACAGUCUCAGGAAUCACAUGAGGAUCCACGCUGAAGAGAGACCAUUCACAUGUACUCAGUGUGGGAUGAGUUUCAAAUACUCCUCAGCCCUUAAUAAACACAUGUUGAUCCACACUGGAGAGAAACCACACACAUGUUCUCAGUGUGGGAAGAGUUUCAGACACUCAUCAACCCUUAAUAAACACAUGUUGAUCCACACUGGAGAGAAAACACACAAGUGUGAUCAAUGCAGCAAAACAUUUUUGAGGCGUUCAGAGCUGAAGGUUCAUCUUAGAGUUCACACAAAGGAGAGGCCUUAUUCAUGCUCUGUGUGUGGAAACAGUUUCACACAUCAAGAUAGUUUAAGAAGACAUGAGAAGAUCCACACUGGUGUGAGAGAGUACAUGUGCUUUGAGUGUAAGAAGACUUUUCGUACGGCUGCAAAAUUGAAAAUUCAUGAGAGGAUUCACACUGGAGAGAAACCUUACAUGUGUUCACACUGCAACAAGAGGUUCAGUCGUUCAGGAAGCCUAAAAACACAUGAGAGGAUUCACACUGGAGAGAAACCAUACAAGUGUGUAUACUGCAACAAGAGAUUCAGUCAUUCAGGACAUCUAAAAAAACAUGAGAGGAUUCACACUGGCGAGAAACCAUACAAGUGUUCACACUGCAACAAGAGAUUCAGUUGUUCAGGACAUCUCCAACUACACCAGAGGAUUCACACUGGAGAGAAACCUUACAUGUGUUCACACUGCGAAAAGAGAUUCAUUCAGUCAGUACAUCUUAAAUCACAUGAGAGGAUUCACACUAGAAAGAAACCUCCCACAUGAGAUCAGUCUCGAGUUUCACACAGUUGUUGCAUCUUAAGGAACACAUGAAAAUCCACACAGGAAAGGAACAGCCUGAAUUAAAGUAUGUGAAAAAUACUGUGUAACCAGAGCCCAAAACUUAUUUUCUGCCAAACUUGCCUAGUCGUCUUUAAUGCCUUGAUUAGUCGGAUCCAGGGGCGGAGCUACCCUGCUUGUAAUUGCAUUGUG